AUGUCUUCCAAGCUCUACGAUGUCCUCAUCAUCGGCGGCGGCCCAGGUGGUCUUGCUAUGGCAUCCGCCCUGGCUCGCCAAGUCUACACAGCGCUCAUCCUCGACUCAGGCGUGUAUCGCAACGCACCUACAAAACACAUGCAUAACGUCCUCGGCUUCGAUCACGUUGAGCCCUCUGUUUUCCGGAACAAAGCUCGUGAAGAUCUUGAGAAGCGGUACGAAAGCAUUGAGUUCAAGUCCACAACCAUCACAACCGUGCGUAAAACAGACACUGGUGUGUUUGAAGCAGUUGAUCAAGAUGGCAAUGUCUAUCAGGGAAAGAAACUCGGCUUAGGCACUGGGGUGAGGGAUCUUGUGGAGGAGCAGCCCAAGGGUUAUGCUGAGUGCUGGGGAAAGGGAAUUUUUCACUGCCUUUACUGCCAUGGCUUUGAGGAGCGAGGAGCAGAGAGUGUAGGCGUCUUUGCAGGCGGCAUGGUCUCCAGCGCCGACAUGCUUGCUCACGUAACUCCAAUGGCCAAGCGCCUCUCCCAGUCCGUAAUAAUCUACACCAACGGCGAUACCUCUCUCCCUUCAACCAUAAAGACAAAAGUGCACAGCAGUAAAGUGCACUACGACACCCGAAAAAUCACAUCCUUCGCUCUCAUUAAGAGUGAUCCUGCUGUUAAAAUCACCUUUGACGACGGCUCCUCCAAGACCGAAGGCUUCGUAGUCAUCCUAAUGUUGCACAAGCAGCACCGUUUGCGGAACAGAUGGGACUGGAGAAGACGGUAA